AUGACGCUAGGGAGGUGGACCUCUGGUCUUUUGCCAACGCUCUCCAACUGUCGCAGUGUUUGGGUCCGAUCACAGAUCCUCGCUCUGCUCUCUGUUCUCGGCGGGCGCCUCCGACCGGAGUCCAGAGCACUCUCAGCUAUCAAGAGACAUGAUCCCAAAACUGCAAAGUUCACGAAUAACAAGCUGCUUGCGGGGAAGUCUGCUUACGUCUGCUUUUUUGCUGACUCAGAGAGUGAACAGGAAAACGUCAGAGGCACCCUCACACGAAUCAAGGAGACUCCGCUACGCAAGAGCGAGAAUCGAGAGCAACGAUACACAAGACGGAGAAACGGGGAGGACGACGAGGCAACAGACAGGGACGGCAGGAAAAACGAGGGAGAAGAGAACCAAGACUGA